AAGAUGGUGAAGAUGCAGUGGAGUCUGUUAGUGUUCAUUGUGAUGGGUCAGUGUUCCUCCAUUGGGGGUCAGCUGUAUGACUACCACUUCAUUGGAGAGAAGAAGACCUGGAAAGAAGCCCAGGAGUAUUGCAGAAAGAACCACACUGACCUGGCCACAGUGUCUAACCAGACAGACAUGCAGAGACUCCUUAACUCCACGACUGCACAGUAUCCAGCCGGAGCCUGGAUUGGGCUGCAGCGAGACUGGCGCUGGUCUCGGCCAGGGGUGGAGUACAACAAGAGUAAAUGGUUUCCAGGACAGCCGAAUAAUUUCAACAAUCAGAAGAACUGUGUGUGGGUGAAGGAUGACACAUGGGAUGACGCCUCUUGUACUGAAAAGCAUAAAUGUAUCUGCUAUGACGACAAACAGAAGACAUUUUCUUUCAGUUCCUCUGAGAUGAACUGGACGGAGGCUCAGAGCAACUGCAGAAAAACUCACACUGACCUGAUCAGUGGAGUCAAACAGCUAGAAGACUUCAAGACACAGCGCCGGAAAGAAGCAGAACCUUUCUGGAUCGGCCUGUUCAGAAAGUCUUACUGGAGUUGGUCAGAUGGGAGCAGUUUCUCUUUCAGAUCCUGGGAUAAAGAUAAACAAAACCCUGAGAAGACAUGUGCUAUGACUACGAUAAAUGGAAAAUGGAGCUCCGAUGACUGUAAUAAAACCAGACCCUUCUUCUGCUACAAGGAUGCUUGUCUAGCUCUCAGCUCCAUCGCUGCAGUUUCUUCUCUGUUAUCAGGUCAGUGUUCCUCCAUUGGGGGUCAGCUGUGUGACUACCACUUCAUUGGAGAGAAGAAGACCUGGAAAGAAGCCCAGGAGUAUUGCAGAAAGAACCACACUGACCUGGCCACAGUGUCUAACCAGGCAGGCAUGAAGAGCCUCCUCGGCUCCACGACUGCACAGUUUCGAGCUGGAGCCUGGAUUGGGCUGCAGCGAGACUGGCGCUGGUCUCGGCCAGGGGUGGAGUUCAACGAGAGUAAAUGGUUUGCAGGACAGCCGAAUAAUUUAAAAAAUCGUGAGAACUGUGUGUGGAUGAAGGAUGACACAUGGGAUGACGCAUCUUGUAAUGAAAGGCAUAAAUGUAUCUGCUAUGACGACAAACAGAAGACAUUUUCUGUCAGUUCCUCUGAGAUGACCUGGACAAAGGCUCAGAGGUACUGCAGAAAAACUCACACUGACCUGAUCAGUGGAGUCAAACAGCUAGAAGACUUCAAGACACAGCGCCGGAAAGAAGCAGAACCUUUCUGGAUCGGCCUGUUCAGAAAGUCUUACUGGAGUUGGUCAGAUGGGAGCAGUUUCUCUUUCAGAUCCUGGGAUCAAGAUAAACAAUACCCUGAGAAGACAUGUGCUAUGACUACGAUAAAUGGAAAUUGGAGCUCUGAUGACUGUGAUGAAAAAAAAACCUUCUUCUGCUACAACGAUUCAGUGAUCCUGAUCAACCAGAGCAUGAUCUGGGAGGACGCGUUAUACUACUGCAGAGAUCACCAUGGCGACCUUGUCUCCAUCACCAACCUGGACGAUCAGCUGGGUCAGAGAGCCAAGAUAGCCUCCACUCCUAAAUUAUUGGCUGGGACUGCGCUACACCUGCACUCUGGACUUCUGGUUCUGGGUCAGUGGCCAAAGAGGCAGUCCCACUACAAGAACUGGGCCCUCCCCAGUCUGGGGCGAGCUACCCAACAUGUCUGGAGCCAUGGACGAGAGGGACUUAGGUCAAAAGAUCGGCCCGAUGCCACACAAGUUUAA